AUGACUCCGCUAACUAGUAUCCAGGUAGCCUUCAGCGGGUGGGUGGGUGGCCAAGUCGCGUCUUCUUUUGAACCAGGUAUUCUUCAGCGGGCGGGUGGGCGGUAUCAUUUCUCUCCUACAAUCAGGUAUCAUUCAGCGGGUGGGUAUUUUGAAACUGGGAGGGUGGGCGGCCAACGGAUAUUCCGCUCUCUUAGAACAGGUAUUUCUUGUUGUGGGAGGGAGGGUGGCCAAAGAACAUAUCCGUCGCUUUUGGAUCAGGUAUAUACUUCAGUGGUUGGGUCGAUGAUCAGUGGGAGGGUGGGUGGUCCACUUGCAACCGCUCGAAUUAUAUAUCAGGUCCAUAGUGGGUGGGUGGGUGGCCAAUGUCUUCUCCACAGACGCUUUCCUUCGAACCAGGCAUACAGUGGGUGGGUCUGCAAUGGGAGGGCGGGUGGGCACAUUAUCUUGAGUUCCUCAUUGCGAACUACUGAAAACCUCAUCGGAGGAAUGGGGAUCGAUCCGUGUCGUCCCUUAAUCCAGUCCGAGAACCAGUGGAUUACUGGUCUUGAAGCGUUCGACACGUGUCCGGCACCCAUAUUCCCGAACCCAGCAGCUGUCGGAGCCAGCAACCACCCAUUCGGAAGCUUGUCCUGGGACCCCGUAGGCGUGGGGCGCAGCGCGGUUGAACUCGUGGAUGACGUCUGGAAAUUUGAACUACGAUCUGGAUGGUGGCUAGUGGCACGGAAGCUCGAUGUUAUGUGCAUGGAUUCCGGGCCGGUAUACAGCCGUCCUCGAACAUUGUUGACAUGUGUGAACGGUGCCAUCCGGAGAGACUAUGAUGGUUUGUUGCGUGCGGCAUUUCCUCGUGUUCUGGAAUAUCUCGGGGUGGGGAAGCGGAAUUUCAUCGGCGGAUUUGAGCCCAUAUCAUCGGAAAAGGCUACUUUUGGUGGGAAACAUAUGCGUAUCCCUUCCAGGACAUGCGGGGUGGCCGUGGAGUUGCUGGGGGUAAUGGUGUUUAAGAGGUGA